AUGGAAGUUACCAGAAUUAUUCCGGCUAAGUCGCUUUCUCUGCUUCCACCGAAGUUCAACAACCUCGGAAUCAUUCCCGAAAGCGGCCGAGUCGACGCCUUUCCAGCAUGGAGUCUCUGCAGGAAGCCCGGGACCAACAGGUUAAAAGUUAACCAUUGCCUGAAGCCGGCCGGGGCGCGCGUUGUUUCGAGCCCGAAUAGUACUCUUGAAACUGCAUUAACCGGUAUUCCGGCAGCUCUAACAGCUCCGAUGGUCCAAUCUGAGCCGUCCUUGACCGUGUCGCCAAGCUCUCUACAAUGUGAACCUGGAUUUUUAUUGAGGAACCGGUGGUUGAAUGUGGAGAAUGGUGGAGGAGGAAACGGCGCGCUGAACUCCGCGACAUACCUGAGGAAAAUCUUGACUUCUAAGGUGUAUGAUGUAGCCAUCGAGUCCAAGUUGGAGCUCGCUACUAAGCUUUCCAAGAAGAUUGGAGUCAACAUUUGGCUCAAGCGCGAAGAUCUUCAACCAGUAUUCUCAUUUAAGCUUCGAGGAGCUUAUAAUAUGAUGGCCAAGCUUCCUAAAGAGCAGCUCGAAAAAGGCGUUAUCUGCUCAUCAGCUGGAAACCAUGCUCAAGGAGUUGCUUUGGCUGCUAAAAAACUUGGCUGCAAUGCUGUUAUCGCAAUGCCUGUUACUACUCCCGAAAUCAAGUGGAAAUCAGUUGAGCGGUUGGGAGGGAAUGUUGUUCUGAUAGGGGAUUCAUAUGAUGAAGCACAAUCGUAUGCGAAAAUGCGAGCUUUGGAAGAAGGCCUAACUUUUAUCCAUCCCUUUGAUCACCCAGAUGUGAUCAGCGGUCAGGGAACCGUGGGAAUGGAGAUUGUGCGCCAGAUGAAGGAUAUAGAAAGCCUGUAUGCUGUUUUUGUGCCGGUUGGUGGUGGCGGCCUAAUAGCCGGUAUAGCCGCGUACCUGAAAAGUGUUUCUCCGGAUAUAAAGAUCAUCGGCGUAGAGCCUUCUGAUGCAAAUGCCAUGGCGCAUUCACUGCAUCGUGGUCAAAGAGUGGUGCUCGAUCAAGUCGGUGGUUUCGCAGAUGGUGUUGCUGUUAAAAUGGUUGGUGAAGAAACCUUCAGAUUGUGCAAGGACUUGAUAGAUGGUAUAGUUCUUGUCAGCCGGGAUGCUAUUUGUGCAUCCAUAAAGGACAUGUUUGAGGAGAAAAGGAAUAUUUUGGAACCGGCUGGUGCACUUGCACUCGCAGGGGCAAAAGCAUACAGCGAAUAUUAUGGUUUGCAGGGUGAAAAUGUCAUCGCUAUAACUAGCGGCGCUAACAUGAAUUUCGACAGACUGAGGUUAGUUACUGAACUAGCUAACGUUGGUAGACAGAAGGAAGCUGUUCUUGCAACAUUCAUGCCAGAAGAACCAGGCAGCUUCAAGAAAUUUUGCCAACUCGUGGGAGAUAUGAACAUUACAGAAUUUAAGUACAGAUGUAAUAAAGCAGACAAAGAAAAAGCUCAAGUAGUGUAUAGUAUUGGACUUCAUACAAAAUCAGAACUGGAAGCAAUGAUAAGCAGAAUGCGAUCAUCAAAUUUCGGGACCUUGGAUUUGACAGAUAAUGACUUGGUCAAAGACCAUCUUCGAUAUUUGUCAGGUCGUCUUUCACAUAUUCGGGAUGAGAUUCUCUGUCGAUUUGUUUUCCCUGAACGGCCUGGCAGUUUGAUGAAAUUCCUGGAUGUUUUCAGUCCACGAUGGAAUAUAACUUUGUUCCAUUACAGAACACAGGGAGAAACAGGUGCAAACGUGUUAGUCGGUAUCCAAGUUGCAGAAAGCGAGAUGGAUGAAUUCAGGGAUCGAGCCAACGCCCUUGGAUACGAGUAUGAAGUUGAAGACAGCAACAAGACUUUCAAGCUCUUAAUGUAUUGA